GACAUGGAAGCCGUUUUGUGAACAGCAUACCACGGCAUGUCAACUAACAUUUUGUAGAAAUAGGCAUUUCGAGGAACCUUUCAUCGUGAAAGGUACAGAAAUGAAAAAGCAUUGUUUCAGAGCUGCCUACCUGACAGCAGCAGGCAUCUCACAAGUGCUCAAUCGAAUGAAUCGUCCUUUCAAAGUCACUGUCGGCAUUGAUGGAUCUGUCUAUCGUUUUCACCCGUUCUUUAAGCGACUACUAGAAGAAAAGAUUAAUGUUCUUAUAACCAAAGGAGUACGAUACCAACUAAUGCUAUCAAAAGAUGGCAGCGGUAUUGGUGCAGCCGUGGUGGCGGCAGUUGCUACUCGUAUGCGAAGGGAAAAGGAAAGAAAACGUGCCUAA